AGCCUAAAAAAGUCUUGUAUUAACUGCCUUCUAACUUUUCCCUAUCACAGCACGCACUGUUUUCUCACUAUGUACGAUGUGCCCACUGCUAAUGGUUUGAGCCCAAUUCCCUCCCUCGACUGCAAGUUCGCUCGGACCUGCAUCUACCUAUCGUUUAAAGGACUGAACUUGAGACAGAAGCUUUCGUUCGAGGAAAGAUGUCAAAAAGUGCAGGAAGAAGUAAGGAAACUUAUGUCAAAAAACACAUUUGUCCCUGACAUUCCCUGCUUCGUGUAUCAGCAGAUCUGUGGAGAGUUAGACUUGCUGAGAUCCUCCAGAAGACAGGACUUCACAGAGAUAUGUGAGGUUUUCUCUCCUCCUGCCUGGCUCAGACUAGCAACCAAUGAACGGGCUGCCCAUCAACUCCUCUCUAGGCCCUGUUACGCCUGCAUACAGCACAACAUCAACGUUUACAACAAGUUUGUAACGACAGCCAAAAAAGCCACUCCUCCCCCUGUCCCUAACAGUAGUCUGUCUCAAACCAAGACUUCCCCCAAUGAUGAUCUGAUGUUGCAGCUUAGAGAGCUGAUAAGACCAUCAGUUGCAGAUUCUAAUUCCUCUUCAGAACCUUCUGAUACCUCUAAUUUUACGCCCCUACAAGAACCAGAUAAGAUGAGCGAACAGGAGGCCUCACUUCUGGCUGCAUUAACUGCAUUACCUUCAACCACUUUAGAUAGAAUGAUCAACCUCCUCUCCCAAUCAACCGUCAAGCAAGAAUCCGGGGAAAACGAAACACUGGUUUGCCGUGCAACAACGCAAUCUUUAUACCACCAGACUCAUUACACAACCUCAGCUAAACCACAAAAUGAGUUUCAAAACCAAAAGUCCGGAUCCAAAGUUUUGUCUUUCGCUCAGAGCUUCCUGCCUUCUCAAAGGCUUCCUCAGCCAGGAAGUGGAGAUCAGCAGUCUCUAAAACUGCCUCACUUUCGGGAGCAAGACCACACUUCCCCCAGAAGCCUUGCCCCUCAACUGUUUUCAUUUUCUAGCCCUGUUUCUGCAAGCUCCGGUGACUCAAACACGAAAUUAGUGCUUACUUCUGGAAAUAGAACUUCCAACAAUGAGAGGGUUUCUUCGACCUCCCAAACCUGUUUCAUACCCGUCUCACCUCGCUUUAGUUCCUCUCAAAUCGUCUCACCUCGACUGAAUUCGUCUCAACUUGUUUCAACUCGUCUCAAAGUUGACGCCAUGCAGCCAAAAGACAGUUCACCCCGGUUAAAACUGCAAGAUUUAAGCAACGUACCGGCAAAUGGAGUUUGGAUAGUGAGAAGUUGCAAGGCAUUGUUUGAGCUUUCUGUUGGGUGUGUGAUUAAUACUGCUGUGAUAGCUGAAAAAGAGAAGGCUCCUUCGAGAAACCACGUCGCAAAGCUGGCACAAAUACUCGGUUUAGAAACGAGGAUGGUGGAGCAUCAAGAGAUACUGUCAGGAUUUAGGAUGUUCAAAAACUCCGCCAGCUUUGACUUGAACUUUGCUUCCCAGAUAGCAAAGGUGACUAUUCACCAGCUGUUGGAUGGGAGCUGUAAAGAUAAGGAGCUAACUAUUUUGUGUGCAGUCAUUUCUGACGUUAUCAUGCAAGCCUUCAGUCUGCACAGGGACACGCCACCAAUGACGGUUGCUAAGAUAAUCAUGAUUCAAGGCAGUCCUCUGCUCCCCAACUCAGUGCAGUUAUCUCCUCCUGACAGCUCCUCACGCUCCAGUAGACCCUCCUCUGGGAGCAACUCCUCUGGAGACACAGUCAGCAACUCCAGGAAACGGCGCAAAGUUAUUUCUGGUGCCUCAAAAAGAAGUCCAAAACAGAAAACACCGACCCCCUCGUCCACUGCGUCUACAAGUGGAACCUCGUCAAUCACAACCAAUUUCAGCGAGACUGUCAGUCAACUUGUUGGUCAUCUCUCUAAGAGUACUCUCGAUCUUUUGCAGACUGGAAAUAACCUGUCUUAUACCCAGGUAGCUGAUUUGGCGAGUGCUAUGACGGACAAUCUCGUCAAGAAUACCGGAGUUCCCAAACCAAAGCCUGAUAAUAUUCCAGCAGUAACAACGAAUUCUGAUAAAAGCUGCUCCGUUAUACUGCCUGCUACCAGGGGACUUCCUGCUCCCGUGACAAAGUUUGGAGAUAUAACUGAUAAGAUGCACGCUUCUAGUCCAAAUGUCGACAGUACCAAGAUACACAAGCACUUAGAGGAGCUGAUAGCAUCAGUGGAGACAGAUGUAGCACUGGUGGACCUUGUUAAACAACUACCCAACUACCGUCGAGCAUACAGCCUGGGAUGUGAUGUUGGAGGAGCAUUCAGACGAGUGGAGUUGUUGAAUAAAUCUGUGAUCGUCUCUGACUCUCUGUUGAUGACAACAGCGCUUGUGGCUACAGUCAAUAAUCUUACCUCAAAGAAUUCCUUAUCUGGAGAGGAAUCAGUAAACGUGGAAGAUGUUGUUCACGAGAUAACAUCUAAAAACAGAAAAUUCCUAUGUGAACUGAUAACUUCCUUGACCUUUCCAGAGAUGGCAGUUCAUUUCAAGGAAAACACCGACGGUAAACCAUUAAUAACCAUGGAAAGCAUCAACAAAAUGAACAGCCGUUUGAAUGAGCCCUGUAUCACGGUAGAGCCACUCUCUAAAUCGACAACAAACGGAACGGAUAAUCCUGAAAACAGAUCAGCUCCUCCAGCUUCUCCAGAUAUCCUUAUAAAUUUAAAGAGAACUGACAGUUUUAGUAGUGAAUUUUUUAGGGGCAGUGAGAUGGAAUCAAUCUUAUCUUUUCCAAUGCGGGUCGUUGAGUCAAAUGAAGAUGACGAUAUGGCUGUCGCCGAAAGGUUGCAUUAUCUUAUCACAGAGGUGGUACAAUCUUGUGCAACCUAAAUUCUGACACUAUUCAGAGAUAAGUUUUUAAGAUUUUUAUUGCGUUGCUGUAUUCAUUUGAAAUUCUUACCAGUAAAGUUAAUUGAUGAUUACUACAUACUAGCAAGCCUUAGUUACUUAUAUUGUAUUAUCGGUAAAUUUAUUUAAUUGUUUUCACGCAGUUGUUUAAUUUAACUCCCAAUAAUAUUAUUUUACUUAUAGUGAUGACUCAGAUGAGUAACACCAAAAUCGUGCCAGUGCAAUGAGAACGUGGAAUGAUUGAAAAUCAGUUACUUCGUCAGUAAUGUCUCGAACAGAUUGUUCCUUUUUUCGAGAAAUUUGAAAUUAGUUUUAACUUUAAGCAAUGAAUAGUAUAAGUGAUCAGAGCCAAUUUUAUCAAACUUAAUUUAAAUCUAAAAGCUUUAAAAAUAUAGAGUCAAUUCAAACUGAGCUUUAGAGCUUAUUAACUAAUGUUUAUGCUUACUAACACGAUGAACAAAUGUAUGUCAUUGAAGACAUCUUUUAUUAUUUUCUUUCGC